AUGCAGAUCAAGACGAGCUGCUCGGCCCCGCGGAGCUCCGCGGACGCGUCGAGCCUCGUGUUCGGUGACGCGUACCGCAACGAGGUGUACGCGGCGCGGUUGACGCCGCGGGACGGGUUCGAGCGCUGCGCCACGGACACGUUCGAGGUCGCUGGCCCCUGCGGCUACGGCGUGUGCUACCUCUACCUCCGCCGGUCGGGCCGCGCCGGGUGGACGCCCGAGUGGGUCAGGGUGUACGAGCCCACGACGUCCGGCACGCCCUCCACCUUCUACUACGGCGAUCCGCUCCCCGACGGCGUCUGGUACGGCUUGGACCGCUGCGUCGCCGCCGGAGCCGGCGCCGGCGCCUCCUCCGAGCCUGGUGCCGCGGCGCAGGCGCUGUGA